AUGUUUUCACUUGUAGCAUUGGCCGUGUGGCUGAUGUGCCUUUCAAUAUCAGAGGGAUCUAACUCGACCUUUUAUAACCCAAUAAUCCCAGGAUUCCAUCCAGAUCCUAGCUGUAUAUUUGUCCCUGAGUGGAAUAAUACCUUCUUCUGCGCGUCCUCUAGUUUCAAUGCAUUCCCGGGUAUACCACUCCAUGCUAGUAGAGACUUGCAGAACUGGAAGCUAGUCGGGCACGUCUUGAACAGGAAAGAACAGCUCCCCCGACUUGUUGAGACAAACCGAUCCACAAGUGGCAUUUGGGCACCGACACUGCGCUAUCACGAUGAUACGUUUUGGCUUGUUACGACUCUUGUAGACGAUGAUAGAGACGUGGCAGAUGCUUCGAGAUGGGACAACAUUAUCUUCAAGGCGCAAGAUCCUUUUGAUCCAGCAUCUUGGACCGAUGCGGUCCAUUUUGAGUUUGAAGGAUACGAUACGGAGCCAUUUUGGGACGAUGAUGGCAAGACAUACAUCAAUGGUGCCCACGCCUGGAAGAUCGGACCGUGGAUUCAACAGGCGGAGGCCGAUCUAAACACCGGGAAAGUCGGCGAAUGGAAAACUAUCUGGAAUGGCACGGGCGGCAUGGCACCCGAGGGACCACACAUCUACCGUAAAGAUGGCUACUACUAUCUUCUGGCUGCCGAAGGCGGCACUGGGCUUGGCCAUAUGGUCACGAUGGCCCGAUCAAAGAGUAUUGGUGGCCCGUACCAGUCAAAUCCAUCGAACCCUGUUCUGACCAACGCCAAUACUACCAAUUAUUUUCAAACUGUCGGACACGCAGAUGUAUUUCAAGAUGCCUCCGAGAAUUGGUGGUGUGUUGCCUUGGCCACGAGAUCAGGGCCAGAAUGGCUCAACUUUCCAAUGGGCCGUGAGACUGUCAUGACUUCGGUAAGGUGGAACGAGGGGGAAUGGCCAUACUUUACCCCCGUCGAAGGGAAGAUGAGUGGCUGGGAGAUGCCGCUUGAGAAUUUGGAUAUUGAAGGCUCCGGCCCAUUGAUCUCACUGGGAGCAGUUGAAGGUGACGCGUUUGACUUCCCUCCGAAUUCGACCCUUCCAGCUCACUUUACGUAUUGGCGGUACCCGAUCGAAAGCUCAUACAUAGUCUCUCCGCCUGAGAAGCCCAACAGCUUACGUCUGACACCAUCCAAACUCAACCUCACCGCUCUAAAUGGGAACUACGCGGGUCCCGAUGGGCAGACAUUCAUUGGAAGAAGACAACAAGACACGCUCUUCUCUUAUAGCGUCGAGCUUGACUUUCAGCCAACCGAAGAAGAGGAAGAGGCCGGCGUUACGGUGUUCCUUACGCAGAACCAUCACCUUGAUCUCGGCGUUGUCUUGCUGCCCGCGAGCUCUAGUACGCAGGCCUUCCCUGGCCACAAUUUCACGACGGGGGGGAAUCCGACUGAUCUCAAGCUUCAAUUUCGGUUCCGAGCUAUGUCAUAUGUUGCUGUUCCCGCUGAUGUUGUGGCACCCGUACCAGAGGACUGGCUUGAUAAACCACUCAGGUUGGAGAUUCGGGCUGCCAACAUGACACAUUACUCGUUCUCUGCUGGGCCGGCCGGGUCAGCUUUCCAGACCAAGACUCUUCUCUAUGCCUCCAAUGAUGCCGUUAGUUGGGGUUUCACAGGUGUAUUCCUCGGGGUGUACUCGACUAGCAACGGGAGGAUUGGAGAUACACCUGCUUAUAUCUCAAACUGGAGAUACACCCCCGAGGUGCAGUUCAGAGAUUAA